GUUUCUUUUUUUUUCAGUUUCGUCGAAGUGUCGCUGACGUCUUGCAACCACAUCAUGAUGAUCAUUUCCUACUACGUUGGCUACGAGGUAAAAUUAGUAACUUAUAGAAAUAAACUAAUGCAACAGCAACUCGCCAAACUUAGCUUGAACAGAGUAGAAUUUAAUAAAUAAUAAAAGCUUCUUUAGGACCGUGGAUAAAGAAAAACAUAAGCAGACACUACAAGUAUGUCGUCAACUAUACACAGUUUAACCGUCAAGAUACAUAGUUCCACAAUCCGCAUACUCGUGUCUUCAACGAAUGUUGAAAUAGCUUCGAAAUCGAUUUGUCGAGUUGAAAAGCUGUAUAGAAUAUAAAUAAAUAUUCAUUACUUUUGAUAGGUCUUUUUAAACUGAUAUUUCUGUUUCUAAUAGCUAGGUCAUGGAAUCCGGAAGCGGCAGAAAAGAUGUUACGACAGGUAAGCUACUUCAGAAUACAGAAUCGUUGCUAGUCGCACAAAUGUGGAUAAAAGUCGUUGAUGAUGGGUUAAUGCAGUCUUUCUAUUUUCUAACUACUGCUUUCACAUCGAUAAGCAGUAGUUAGAAGUUACCCAAAAACAAAAUAGUUUUAACAUUCUACUAGAAGCAUUAAUGACGUCACUCCUGUUCAUGAUAUUUAAGGUUAUGGUGAACUAUUUUGACAGAUGUGAUAGCCAUCUGCCACCAGUGACAUAAAAAAGAAUCGUUUUCCGCUAUUUUUAUUUGGCCAGUACAGGUUUCUGAAUCCGAUUAUGAAUUUUCGUUGGCGUUUCAAUUUGAAAUGUUCCAUACUAGUUCGAGUGGAGUAUGAAAUAGCUUCACACAAUCCAGUCUGACUUAUAUCACAAUAUCACAGCCAGUGACGCUUACAGUGGUGACAGAUAACAGGACUGACGUCAUCAUAACUGCUAUAUGUGCCUAGCCGUUUCAUGCUUCUUGGCAAUCAUCAGCACGGACUAACCUUGGAACUAACCGAAAGUAUCCCCUAUCGGUCUAUCUGCUUACUUUAUUUGUCCUACCUUGUGCAAUUUUAACUUUUCGUAUUCUCUGAACCAUUCUGCAUGGAAUAUUUCAAAAUGAAAACAAAAUCAAAAGUAUAACGUCUUCCCUAUCGAAUAUGUUCAUAAGCAUCAUAUAUAAUUUCUGCUUGAGCCUCGGACUUUUUACAAAUUAUUAUCGUAAAAAUAACUCAGAUAAUGCUAAUAGUGUAAAUAAAUAUUUUUCUCUCGGUUCACCAGUACAUUAAACCUUCACUUAUCGUUAAUACGCAAAAGCGCAUAUAUUAAUAUUCCCCAGUUUACUGUCGUUAAAAGACUGACAGCUGAUAAAAUGCAAAUAAAGCGUAAUGCACUAAGGUGUGGCGUAGACUAGCGUCUGGGUUAUAUGGAUAUUACUUUUAUCUGGUCCUUGAUAUCCAAAGUUUAGCAAUAGUUGCAACUUUUCCGGAAACCAGACUAUGAUCACAACGAUGAUGAUGACGAUGACGAUGAUGAUGACAAUGAUGUUGACGAUGAUGAUGACGAUAACGAUUAUCUCGACGAUGACGAUGAUAAUGACGAUUAUGAUGAUGAUGAUGAUAAUGACGAUAACGAUGACCACGACGAUGAUGAUGAUGACGAUGAUUGCGACGACGAUGAUGAUAACAAUGAUCACGACGAUGAUGAUGACGAUAACGAUGACCACGACGAUGAUGAUGAUGACGAUGAUUGCGACGACGAUGAUGAUAACAAUGAUCACGACGAUGAUGAUGACGAUGGCAAUGAUGAUGAUGAUGACGAUGAUAGCUAUGAUGAUGAAUAUGAGUAUCACAAAAAAUCCAUACAUACUUAUUACUGAUACAUUGUUUAUAAUAAUAAUAAGAAUAUUCAUUCAACAAAAGACACUUUGUAACAAAUUGUAUCGGGAUGGUCAAGGAUAGAAAAUCGAAUUCAUAAAGCCUAUAAGAAGGUAAAAAUGAAAAAUACACAUUAAAAGCAAUAGUAUAAAUUAUUAAAAAUGGAACAUACAAACUCAUGAAACUACUCAACAUGCAUUUGAGAAGAACAGUAAGAACUCAUCAACGCUAUAAAAACAUUGAUAAACCAAAAAUUUCUUGCGGUACUGCACAAACAAAUUAAAAUUGACAAUCGACUUAAUCGAUCGAGGAAAGCGUUGAACAGCCUUACACCUAGACAGUCAGGGACAGUCAUGCCAAUUAUGUAUUACCUCUAUGGUGCGUAUAAGUAAUCACUUUGUCCUGUACACAGAUAUUGGCAACACUUGGCAGUUUAUUAAUACAUAUUUUUAAAAAAAUCUCUCUUACAAGACUCUUUGCUAGGUACACCUACCAGUCAUCUAACUACCCUCUUCUGGGCUGAAAAAACGUCUAGCGAAUCUGUGCUCAUACCUCAGAAACACACACCAUAACGAAGUUUGCUACUAACGUCUCAGCGCUGACCAGAAAUUGUUAACCAAAAAUGCUACCGAGUGUAUGUUGGAGAUUAGUUAUUGUCAAUGAAAUCCCCAACUCAAACACAAGUGCAUACCUAGAAAUUUUAAGCUUUGACAGCUAUUUGUGAUUAUGGAGGAAUUUACCCGUAGCAGUAAAUUGCCAUAAUCUCUCUUUGUUAUGAGAAGGAUGACGAUGACGAUAAUCACGACGAAGAUGAUGAGGAUGAUGCUAAAUAACUAUGGUGAGGAUGAAGAUGACGAUGACGACGAUGAUGAUGAUGACGAUGACGAUGACGAUGACGAUACCGAUGAUGAUGAUGAUGAUAACGACGAUGGCAAUAACGAUGGCAAUGAUUAUUCAUCAAAAAUUCUACUAAGUGUAGCUUGGACAUUAAUGAUUCGCACUGAAAUCUGCCACUCAAACACAACGCUAAGUGCAUACCUAGGAAUUUUAUGCUUUAACAGCUAUUUGUGAUUACGGAGGAAGUUGCCACCUGUAGGAGUAAAUUGUCUCAAUCUCUGUUUGUUUUGAUGAUGAUGGUGACGAUGAUCAUGAUGAUGACGCUGACUAUGACGAUGACGAUAGCGAUUAUCACUACGAUGAUGAUAACGAUGACAAUAUUGAUGAUAACUAUGAUAGUGACUAUGAGGAUAACGAAAAAUUCCUUAUACUCUGUUCAUACUUCACCAUUAUCUAUAAAUGUUAGUCAUCAUGUUUUUUAUUUUCUUCAAUUAUACAACUUUCACAAUAAUUGCGUUGAAAUGAUAGCAUUCUAAUCCACUUAUUAAUUAGUCGAUGAAAUGGAGGCAACAGUGGGAAGUUGACGGAGCUCUUAAAGAUUGGGUACCACCUGAGGUUCUUCAGAAGUUUCAUCCAAGCGGCACCUCAGGGUACGAUAAAGACGGAGCGCCGGUGAUCGUAGUACCUUUUGCUGGCCUAGACGUUAUAGGAAUUCUUCACUCAGCAUGUCGACAAGACAUGAUCAGAAUGACCAUCAAGGUAUUGGAACACAACCUGGCGCUAGCAGCAAAGACCGGGGAAAAUCAGGUUGUAGUUAUUUUUGACAUGGAAGGAUUCAACCUACGGCAAUAUGCUUGGAGACCAGCUGCUGAAGUUGUGAUAUCGUUGAUACAAAUGUACGAAGCAAAUUAUCCAGAAAUUUUAAAAGCUUGCUAUAUAAUUAAUGCUCCUCGAGUUUUUGCGAUAGCAUUCAACGUAAUCAAGAAAUUUCUCAACGAGUACACCUUAGGAAAAAUUCAAAUUUUCAAAAGUGAUCCGAAAAAAUGGAAGCCGGCGUUAUUGUCGAACAUCACACCGGAAAAUCUUCCGAAACAUUAUGGAGGGUCCUUAACAGACCCUGACGGAAAUCCGAGAUAUGCCACCGUGGUGAAAAUGGGAGGUAAAGUUCCAAAAUCCUACUACACGAAAAAUAUGGAAACACCCGAAAAUGGUCCGAAGAAGGAGUAUAUAAAGGCUGUAGUGAAAAAGGGACACAAACUAACUUUAGAUUAUAUAGUUGCUGAGGAAGGGUGCUUUCUGAGAUGGGAUUUUCGUACGGAAGGGCACGACAUUCGUUUCGGCGUGACGAUGCGCGAUGAAAAUGGGUUGAACAGCCCCGUAGUUCGGCAUCGACGCGUCGCCGCGCACCAGAUCGACGAAAGCGGCGUCGUCGCGUGCCAGGCACCGGCUACAUAUACCAUAACAUUUGAUAAUACGUAUAGCAUGAUGCGUAGCAAAACGAUUCACUACUGCAUAUUCGUCACACCGCCCUUAGAAAAACUCAACAUCCUGCCCACAGACGAAGAAACGCAGAAAAUGAGCACACCCGAUAACACCCCUGAAGAUAUCCAAAGUGAGAAAAGUUCUUCAGCGGGGGAAGUUGAAGUGCAUUGAAGUUGUAUUUGUGAUAUUUGUUUUUAUGAGUAUUUUUUUGUAUCAAGAACUGCGGAAAAGGUUGUGGAACAGGCAACAUCAACAUCACGAUGUUAAUAAGGCAGUCUGGAUAUUUUACGCGUUAGUACCACACAUUUUUUAAGCAUUUUCAAUAUCCAAGCUUGCCUAAAUUUUGUAUUUUAGAAAUAUAUUUUUUUUUUAGA